AUGUCGAUGGAAAAGUUAUCUAAUCUAAUACUAUCACAAAUCAUAACAGAUAUUGGUGAUAAUGUAGAUAUAAUAUGUUUAUUGCUGACAUGUAAAAAGUUGUAUCAUAAUAGUGGUUUAAGAAGAUUGGUUAAGUUUAAAGGAAUAGAAGUAAUCACUGAUACGGGAUACGAAUCAAAGCAGUUUAAAGCAACAGCUACUCAAUUCAAACUCAACUCUUUUAAAGAUAUCUUAAAGAAUAGAAUAUUGGAUCAACAUGUGAUAUGUCUACCUGACCAUCACAAUGAUCUCUAUCCUCAAUGGAUUCAAGACAUCAUCUAUGAUAUGAAUAGAGCCGAUCAGAGUAACAUCAAAACAGCUAUGGUCAAGAAUUCUCAAACAACAUCAAAACGACUAGAGUCACUCUACUCGAUUCCAUCGAUCGAGACACUAUUCAUUGAGGAAAAAGAUAAAGAUGUAACGGUUGAUCUAAACAUCCCACUCUUACCUCGCCUCCAACAUCUUUCAGUUCGUGCACAAAAGUUGAAUAUUUGUCAAGAUCAAGCUAUCAACACAACACUCAAGUCUCUAAAACUAGAUGUUGCCACCAAAUACACUCUCAGUGAAUUGCAACUCACCAAAUUCGUAUCUCUGACAGAGCUGACGUUUAACAGUUAUUUUGUUACAAAUAUUGGACCAGGACUCUUUCCAAGUAGUCUGACAUCUCUCACUCUGAGACCAACAGAGAUACCACCACGAGAUACAUUCCUUUCAUUGGUGUACCUCGAUAUCCACCUGUCAAAAGAUGAAAUAAAAGCAAAGGUACAGGAUCAACGAUUCAUCGAUCUCGAGAGUCUAUCAAAGCUCAAGACACUAGUCAUCACUGACGACAACUUUUUAGAUCAAGAUAGAAAAUACUGUAUCACGUUUAGUGUACCUCCUUCAAUCAAGGUUCUAACCAUCUGGUCUGAAUGCGUAGAGAUCCCUUCGCAAUGUUCAAUGCCACUAUUGGAGGAAUUAAGCGUUCAACAAAAAACAUUGAUUGAUGGAAGAAUCAGUCUAUUGUUAUGUACAUCGAUAAAGGACCUGCUUAUUUAUGAAUGCGCUGAAAUCAUACCAGCCAAUAUCAUCCCACCAACUCUUGAAAAGUUAUCAAUCUAUAAAUACAUAGAUGAAGAUAUACUUGGACAAGAUGUUUUGCCGCCAUCUCUCACUCAUCUAUAUAUCAAUGGAAAGUAUGAAUCUGUUAAUAUCCCACAAACACUCAUCAAACUAAAACAGGCAUUCAACAAUGACCCACUACCUCAACAUUUAAAGAAAUUGGCUUGGGAAUCAUCUGGAUCUGAUUCCCAAUUACAAAAAAAUGUUUUAUCUUCCUCCUAUCCAACUAGUCUUGAAUCACUCAACCUCAUCGAAAUCGAUUGGAGGUGUACCAUUGAUAACAUACCACCUGUGAAAAAGUUAUCACUGCUCUUACCCCUCCCCAAGGAAAAUUGGAUAGCCGACAUUCCAAUCUAUUCAAUUACAUCUAGAAUAUCAGUCUCCCAACAACAAUGGUUGUCAUCCAACACCACUCAUCUAACUUGUCGGCUCAGUACACAUCUCUCAAAAGGUGCAUUUAGAUUAGAUGAAAUAAUCAAUCACACCAAUGUUAGAUAUUUACGAUUAAUCAUUUCCACUUCGGUAACAACCUAUCAAUUUUCAAUUCAAAGAUUAGACGCAGAUAACAACAAUGUAUUGGUAUUGGAAACAAAUACACUUACAGGUGGAAUAAUCACUCAAAGAAAAUCAAUCAACAACACUCAACAACAACAACAACAACAAUAUGAUCCUCUUUAUUUAUAUUAUGAUAUAGGAUCUCCACGUUCUACCUCUCGUGAUGAAUAUCAAUUAAAAUGGACUUUUGAUCCUUCCAAUAAAUUAAAAUAA